AUGCUUCUUAAACUUGUUUUUCUUUUGGCAGUUUGUGGACACAAUGUUUUUGCUAUUGACUAUCCCGAAGAUGCUUGUGGUCUUCGUCCUUUAAUUGAUCCUCCAGGAAAUUCAUCAUCGAGAAUUGUUGGCGGUUUUGAAUCGGUACGAGGUGAUUGGCCAUGGGCAAUAUCUAUGCAACGUCAAGGAAGUCAUAUUUGUGGUGGAUCACUUAUAAAUAAUCAAUGGAUUGUUACAGCAGCUCAUUGUCUUGCUGGAAAUACAAAUCCACUUAUUUACACUAUUGUUUUUGGUGCUCAUGAUCGACUAAUUUCUGAUCCAUGGGUUAUUAAAAGAUCAGUUUCAAACAUUAUCAUCCACCCAAAUUAUAACUCACAAAAUUUUGCAAAUGAUAUCGCUCUUAUGAAAUUAUCCGCUAUAGUUAAACCAUAUACACAACAUUAUAUGCCUAUUUGUUUUCCAGGUGAUAAUCAAGUAUUUGAAAAUCAAACUGGACAUACCGUUGGUUGGGGUGCAUCAUAUUAUGGUGGUAGUAUAUUACGAUACAAAAGUGAAGUAGCUACACCUAUAUUAAGUGAUACUGCAUGCAGAGCACGUUAUAACGCAGGUAUGAUCAAUCCGGCCUAUCAAAUUUGUUCAGGUGGAAGUAAUAAAGGAGCUUGUCAAGGUGAUUCUGGUGGUCCAUUUAUUGUUGCUGAUCCUACACGAGGUGGGCGAUAUGUUCUUGCUGGUCUUACUUCAUGGGGUAUUGGAUGUGGUCAAGGUGGUGUCUAUACACGUCUUUCAUAUUAUAGACCAUGGAUAGAAUCACAUGCCGGUUCUGUUUUGUCUUAA